CACCACUGCAGAGACUGAAAUCUCUCCCCCUCAAGUCAGAGAAGAAAUGGCCAGGUUGCUGUUUAUACAGCUGAUGAUCGGUGUAUUCACCUCGAGGCUUCUUCAGAUCACUUUAGCAGACAUCAUAUCUGUUCCUCAUGGAGAAAACAUCACCCUGGUCUGUAACAUCACUAAUGAUUCGGACAUACUGUGGUAUCGACUUACAUCCCAGGAGGUGAAACUGCUCGUAACUGCUAAAAAAGGAAAACUGGAUGCACAUUUUUCCCCCAAGGACAGUGUCGAGGAGAGUCACUUUGAUGUAACCGAAGACAGCAGUUUAGUGAUUAUUGGAGUUAGAGAGACAGAUUUGGGAUUUUAUUAUUGUGGACGUCGAAACACCACACACAUGCAGUUUGGGAAACCAAUGAGACUGAAUAUUACAGACAACAGAAAUCAAGUUGUUUCCUCAUCUACAUCUCUGGAUCGCUCCCAGAUAAUAACUAUAAUCCUAACAUGUGUGUGUUCCAUCUCUUUCCUAAUAAACAUCAUCUGCAGCUGUAUGUUCUGUUCCCGAGUACAAGGAAAGUCAAUAUCACCAAAAACAUGCUGCAGUGACACCAACACCACUUGUUCACCUGAGAAGGAAAUGAAUCUGCACUAUGCCACUUUCACACACAACAGUGAACCCACGGAUAGAAGCACAUCAGAUUUGGACAGAUUAGGAGUGAUCUAUGCUGGAAUCAGACAUUUACCAGCCUGACAUGACCUGCGUCUGAUUACAGAUCUGUACCAAUAUGAUGAGGAAAUUAUUUAUGUAAACUCCAUGCUAUUAUUAUUAUUAUUUAUAUUAUAUAUCAGCAGUGUAAACACUUUACAGUAUUUCCUUAUAUUACACGAGCAAAAAAAAAUGUGUAAAAUGGCAUUUCAUGUCAUGAACUCAAGUAACAUGUCACAUCAGCUGAAUCACGCUCGCUUCUGAAGAAGGUUCUGUCUCAUCGUUAUUUUUGCUUUUGUCCUUAAAAAAAUAUAUAUAAUAAUAUAAAAUGUCCAGGCUGCAUGCUCUCAAAUUCAGAUUCAGCAAUGUUAUUAUUUUAUCAGUUUCAGAAUCAGCGAUUUCAGCUGAGGCAUAAGCUCUUCCAGACAAAUGCAUUUUAAGUGCUGGUACGUCUUUAAAUAGUGUAACGUGAUACACAGAUUUAUAAUUUUGUACAUUGAGCUUCACAUCAGAUCCUACAUCAUACAGGUCUUUCCUGUAUUUACAACUUUUAAAAUGUCAUUGUCACACCAGUCAGGGAUAUCUGAUUACCCUUCCUGAAAAGGCACUUCUUAAUUUAUCCCACUUCAUUUCCUGUUCACAGACUAUGUAAUAGUCCUUAUUACUAUGUAAUAGUUUCUUGCUAUCUGUUUUUAAUAUAAAAUUUAUCUAGUCUUUCAGCACGUAUUCCUGUUUAACUUAUUCAUUGAUUGGGGAUUACAGAAGCCUGCAGAGGGUGGACACGCCCCCUUUAACAUUGGUGGGGCUACUGUGGAAAGAGUUAGGAGUAUCAAAUUCCUUGUGGUGCACCUCACAGAUGACCUGACUUGGUCCUUUCACACAAACACAAUGGUGAAAUCUGCUUAUCAGUGACCCUACUUCCUGCAAAGUGUAAGGAAUUUUGGUUGCCUCCCAACAUCCUGAAUAACUUCUAACAUCCUGACUAAGUGCAUGCCUGGUUUCGCUGAACUCAUUAUUGGCAACAAACUACCAGCCUUGCAGGAUAUCUUCCAUACAGAAUGUGUGAGGAAGACUCACAAUAUCACCACAGACCACAAUCACCGAGCAUACAGACAGUUUACCAGACUGCCAUCAGGCAGACGGUACUGCAGCAUUCAAUCCAGAACCAACAGGUUGAGGAACUGUCCUGAAUAAACUAUAAUCCACUCAUAUGUAAAUAUACUAUAAAUUAUAUACUAUAGAGCUGUAGAGUAUUUUGAGCACAUGACAAAUAAACUUGAAACUGAAACUAUAAGACUGUA